ACAAGCAAGCCUACAUGGUAUAGUUUCAUAUAUACUAGUCCGUUACGCAAUGACAUUGUCUGUCAUGGAAUACUGUCAACAUUCACCGUCGACUCCAUCCUCCGCUCACAACAGCGCUGCAAUUACGCCGGCCCCCACACCAACAGCCAUCUUCCACUGUCCCGCGGAUGCCGUGGGCGCGGCUCCUGUUGACUGCGAUGUGGUAGGCGACGUAGUUACGCCGGAGCGAGACUGCCCUGCGAGUGAGGUUGUUGUGGCGGUCGUCUGCGACGGCGGCGGCACCGUCUCUGUCUGGGUGAUCGCACUAGACGCACCGCCAGCCGUGCUGCUGCUUUCCGAAAUCGGCGGCACCGUCUCUGUCUGCGUGGACACACUAGACGCACUGCUGGUUUCCGAAAUCGGCGGAAUGGAAAAGGCGCUGGAGGUCGUCGAGACGGGAGGUCCUGAUGCGCUUACGGGUGUCGUACUCGUCACUAUCACUGUGGAGCUCUCCGAAAGAGGGACAGUCUCUCGACGCAGUGCUCGGAGGUACCGAGAGUACGAUCGACGAAGUACUGAAGCUGGACGUCUCACUGGCAGCCUGCGGGGCGGCAGCAGCGAGGCCGCUGAGUACAAUAGUGCACGAAAGAGCGGUGGUCCAGCGCAUGUUUCGGGGCCGUGAAGUCAAGUAUUACAGCGAUUGAGGGUGUAUGGACUGCUUG